AUGGCAAGAACCAUCCUCGUAACAGGUGCAACCGGCCGCCAAGGUGGAGCGGUCAUCAAAGCCCUUCAAGGCACCGACUUCGAAAUUCUCGCCCUCACACGCAACACCUCAUCACCCUCCGCUCAGAAACUCGCCAGUUCAUCCCCAAAUAUCAAGCUCAUAGAAGGCGACCUCGACAACACCUCUGUCGUCUUCAAGAACGCAGCGGCCGCCACGAACAACCCCAUCUGGGGCGUGUACAGCGUCCAAGGCAAGCCGGCAGGCGAUAUCACCAUCGAAGAAACCUGGGGCAAGAACCUCAUUGACUCAUCCAUCUCCGCACGCGUAGAAUUCUUCAUCUACAGCUCUGUCGACCGUGGAGGCGAGAAGUCAUCUUCCACGCCGACUGAUGUACCCCACUGGAUGACGAAGCACAACAUCGAGAAGUACCUCGAGGAGAAGGCCGCGGGGACGCAGAUGAAGUACGCUGUGCUUCGGCCGGUAGCUUUCAUGGAGAACAUCACGAACGACUUCGCUGGCAAGGCUAUGGCGUCGAUGUGGCAGUCUGCACUAAAGGAUAAGCCGCUGCAGCUCGUUGCUACGAAAGACAUUGGAGCUUUUGCUGCUCAGGCUUUCAAUCACCCGGAGGAGUACGAGGGGCGGUAUCUCUCAAUAGCUGGUGCGGAGCUUACUUUCGAUCAGGCGAAUGCGAUAUUCAAAGAGAAGAUUGGGACGGAUAUGCCGGAAACAUUUGGCUUUGUGGCGUGUAUUGCGCUAGCUGCGGUGAAGUCUGUUGGCAACAUGUUCAACUAUUUGAAGAAGCAGGGUACUGGGGCGAAUCUUGAAGAGUGUAGUAAGAUAUACCCGGGCUUGAUGGACUUUGGCACGUGGUUAGAGAAGGAAAGUCAAUUUCGCAAGCAGUAA